AUGCAGAGCUGCUUUCGCCGUCUCUAUGCGACAAUCCCAGAUGCAGCUGCGGUGGCUCGUACAGUCUCCACGCCGCGGGCUGUGCGCCUUCGGCGAAUGCGGAUUCACAAAACAAAACAUCCUAAACUUCCCAUUGAAUCCGACGCCACCCCGGAAGGCCUCACACCGUCGGAAGUUGCCCGCUAUAAUCGUGAGCUCGCGAAGGGGAAUUUGAUGAAGGAUGGGGGAAAUGUGACGGCGAAGGAGUGGUUGGACAAGCUGAACGAGAAGCGGAACAGACUCCGUGGUGUGCGCGAGAUCACGAACGAACAGGGCGAGAAGGAGCUGCAGUUUAUUGGACAAAAGAUAUACCUGCCAAAUAUCAUCAUACGUAUGGUGCGCAACUACACACCGCCCGGGCAUCCGUACAACCCGUACGAGGCGACGUUCCGCACUCCCAUGUCCAUGACGAAGACCGACAUGCGUUCGUAUUUACUCGCUGUCUACGGCGUCAAGACGACGUACAUCCGCACGGACAAUUACAUUUCGCCCGUUCUGCGUAGCCUUGAUCGCUCAUUCUCGCGGACGAUCAAGCACAAGACAUACAAGCGCGCCGUUGUUGGUCUCGUAGACCCAUUCUAUUUCCCGCAAGCCAUGGAAGACAUGACCAAGGAGGAACGGGAGAAAAGGAAGGGAAAACUCGAGGAGGAUUUCCAGCUCAAAAGUUUCGAUGAAACGAGGAGGGGAGAGUAUUUGCGCAUAUCCAGGCAGGGCAGCAAGAACUGGAAAUGGCGAACAGGAGUCACAGCGAAAAGAGGGAAGAUUUUGGAGAUCAUCUCUUCACGGAGGGCUGCGCGGGAAAGCGCCGUCGAAGAGGCGAAAACACGCCUGUUGAAGAACAGAGAGGCUACCCAGUCGGAAGCUACUGCGUAG